UGUUGACGAACCUAUAAAUCCUUGUAGUGGGUUUUAUGGAGAAUAGCUUGGGUCUCGUACGAUAAAACUAGAAGAAAGACACUCUUCCGUUCGCAUCUUAUUCGAGCCUACAGAAGUUUCAAGGUGUUAAAAAAGCUAUUAUUACCUACCUACCUAACGUAUAAUUUUCAGCUUCAGCUAUAUAUAAAUCAUCUACUUGUAAUAAGGGCCUAGUAGCACGAAAGUCGUGUCCGGCGAAGUAUGGCUGGAGAUCCUUAUUUAGGACGUGUAAUUACAGCUUUCGAAGGCGGAAUAACUACGCGUGUGAUCACUCACCCUUCUCAUCCUAACCGAGCCUUCACUUACGACGUGACCUUCCUUCUCCAGCAUCCACGGGUCGUGGCAGUCGCGUCGCAGAAGCCACCGCUACACUUCCACCCACAUCAGGAGGAAUAUCUCCAGGUGCUCGAAGGAAGUCUAGCCGUAGAAGUUGAAGGCAAGGAACGCAUUCUUGUUCCCGAUGAUGGUGAGGUUGUCCUUCGUCCGUGGACAAACCACAGGUUGUACUCGCCGGUUACCAAGGACACAGACGAGAAGUUAAAGGUGACGAGAUUCUUACUUUCGGCUCAGAGUACCCCUGAACUAUUCAAGCUUGAUACUGUCUUCUUUGAGAAUUGGUAUGCAUACCAAGACCAAAUUGUUGUCAAGGGCGAGAGGGUCGACUUGAUUCAGGUUAUGAGUAUGUUUGAUGCGGGUGGUUCUUACCUUUCACUCCCACGCUGGAUACCGUUCAGCAAGACGUUGGCGUAUGCUUUGGGUGUUGUACUAGGUAGAUGGUUAGGAGGCAUUCUAGGAUACCAACCGUUCUAUCGUAAGUGGACUACAGAUUGGCAAUCAGCAUGCCACAAGAUGGAGAUGUCUAUCUUUCAAAGGCGGUUUGCAGAUCGAACCAAGACUGAAUAGAGGAGUACCUCUCAGUUUUACUUUACUGUACAUGUAGAAUCUUGGAAAUUUCCU